UUGAAACAUAAUAUUUGGUUUUUUUUUCUCUUAAUUAUUUAUGAUGGUUUAAAUUUCUUUUCUGACAAGCGGAUUUAAGUAAGAAUUGUGUAAAAUUUUCGAAAGUUAAUUACUAAUAUAAUGGUCAAUGAGGAAUUUUCUAUUAAGCGGACGUUUAUUACACAUACCCGAAGGCAAAUUGUCCGCAGAUUUACGAGGUCUUUACCAAAUUUGAGGGUUUUACCUAGAGGAUGGCAUAAAAAAAUGUUUAACAAAGCAAGUAAUAAAUUGAGAAAAAUUCAUAUGAUUUGGAAAAAUAAAAGAUACAAGAUAUCACAAGAUUUAAAACGCAAAAAACAAAUAGAACUGAAAAUGCUUGCUGAAUAUUUAUUUAAAGACAAAAAAUGCAGUUACGACUGUGAUACACGUUGUUUGUUUUUGAUYGAACGAUUGAAUUCAUUAGAGAAGUAUUUGAAAAUGACAUUUAUGCGUAAUUUAAAUGAAAAAUAUCUUUAUGGUGUCAAGGUGGUAAAAUUCGACCGGAAAGGAUACAAACGAAGAACCAGACUGUUGAUACUGACAAACAAAUCUUUAUAUUUAAACCAAAUACUUAAAAACAAAUUAAAACUAAAGGAAAAGAUACCAUUGGAUUUUAUAAAUAAAUUAGAAGUCACUUCAGGAAGAGAUAACUUUCUACUCAUCAAA